ACGUAUAUACUACUGCGCGCAGCUGUCGUCGGGGAAGGAUUCCUGGCGCGCGACAUAACCUUCGAGAACACCGCCGGACACGCCAAGCACCAGGCCGUGGCCCUCCGAGUCGGCUCCGACCUGUCAGCAUUCUACCGGUGCGACAUCCUGGCCUACCAGGACACACUCUACGUCCACUCCAACCGCCAGUUCUUCAUCAACUGCCUCGUCGCGGGGACCGUCGACUUCAUCUUCGGCAACGCCGCCGCCGUCCUCCAGGACUGCGACAUCCACGCCCGCCUCCCCGGCCCCGGGCAGAAGAACAUGAUCACCGCACAGGGGCGGAAGGAUCCCAACCAGAACACCGGGAUCGUGAUCCAGAAGUCGAGGAUCGGCGCCACGUCGGACCUCCUCCUGCAGACGGCCGGGAACAUGUCGUACCCGACGUAUCUGGGGAGGCCGUGGAAGGAGUACUCGAGGACGGUGAUCAUGCAGUCGGAGAUCAGCGACGUGGUGCACUCCGCCGGGUGGCACGUGUGGGAUGCGGAUUUCGCGCUGGCCACGCUGUACUACGCGGAGUUCGAGAACAGUGGGCCCGGGGCGAAUACGACGGCGAGGGUUGAUUGGGAAGGGUAUAAGGUGAUUGGUGAUGAGAGUGAGGUGGUCGGGUUUACGGCGGAGGAGCGGGCCUUCCGACAGAAGACGCGCCGCCGCCUCAUCAUCGUGGGAAUCUCCUCGAUCCUCCUCGUCGGGAUCAUCAUCGGCGCCGUCGCGGGGGUCGUCAUCCGCAACCGCAAGUCCGGCGGCGGCGGCUCCGACGCCGACAAGCUCCCGCCGACGGAAUCCCCCGCCGCGUCGCUCAAGGCGGUCUGCAGCGUCACGCAGUACCCUUCCUCCUGCUACUCCAGCAUCACGGCGCUCGAGGGCGGGUCCAACUCCUCCGACCCGGAGGUCCUCUUCCGCCUCUCCCUCCGCGCCGCAAUGGCCGAGCUCUCCAAGCUCAAGGACUUCCCCGCCGCGAUCCAGCUCCCUUCCGACAUCGCCAACGACACCAUGCUCCGCCAGGCCAUCAACGUCUGCGCCGCCGUGUUCGAGGACAGCGUCGACCGCCUCAACGAUUCGAUUGCUUCGAUUACUGCCCAGCCCGCGGGGGAGGGGAAGCAGCAGCAGGUGCUGUCGCGGACGUGGCUGAGCGCGGCGGUUACAGAUCUGGACACUUGCCUGGACGCGGUGCAGCUGAACGAGACGGAGCACCCGGUGAACUCGGCGAUGGAGAAUUCGACGGAAUUGGCGAGCAACAGCUUGGCAAUUGUGACCAAAGUCCUAGGGUUGCUCUCAGAUUUCAACAUCCCGAUCCACAAGCGGCGGAGGCUGAUGACGGCCGAGGCCAAAUCGGAUUCGGGAUUCCCGCGGUGGGUGAGCGACGGGGACAGGAGGCUGCUGCAGCAGGUCGGCGGAGCGGGAGGUUUGCGGCCGAAUGUGACGGUGGCGCAGGAUGGGAGCGGGAAUUUCACGACGAUUGCAAAGGCGGUGGAACUGAUACCGAAGAAGAGUCUGUGGAAGUACAUUAUCUACAUUAAACAAGGUACCUACAAGGAGAAUGUGAUCUUGGACAAGCACCGGUGGAAUGUUCUAGUUUACGGCGACGGCAAGGACAAGACCAUCGUCUCCGGCAGCCUCAAUUUCGUGGAUGGUACUCCUACCUUCGAUACUGCCACUUUCGCCGUCCAAGGGAAGAAUUUCAUGGCCAGAGACAUGAAGUUCAUCAACACGGCAGGUCCCGAGAAGCACCAAGCCGUAGCCUUCCGAUCAGGAGCCGACAUGUCGGUCUACUACCGGUGCUCGUUCGACGCGUACCAGGACACACUCUACCCGCACUCCAACCGCCAGUUCUACCGCGACUGCGACAUCACGGGCACCAUCGACUUCAUCUUCGGCAACGCCGCUGUGGUGUUCCAGGGCUGCAAGAUCCAGCCGAGGCAGCCAAUGUCCAACCAGUUCAACACCAUCACAGCGCAGGGGAAGAAGGAUCCCAACCAGAACACGGGGAUCUCGAUUCAGAAAUGCGACUUCACGCCGCUGAGCGCCAAUCUCACGGCCCGUACGUAUCUGGGCCGACCCUGGAAGGACUUCUCCACCACCGUCAUCAUGCAGUCGUCCAUCGGAGGCUUCCUUAACCAGUUGGGCUGGCUGCCGUGGGUCUCUGGCGUGGAGCCGCCCAACACCAUUUUCUAUGCGGAGUAUCAGAACACCGGGCCGGGGUCCAGCGUCGCCGGGAGGGUGAAGUGGGCCGGGUACAAGCCGGCGUUGACCAAGGACGAAGCAGCAAGGUUCACGGUGGGAUCGUUUAUCCAGGGCGGUGCGUGGCUGCCGGCUACAUCAGUGGCGUUCGAUUCCGCGUUGUGAUUAUAUAUGGAUGGAUGUAAUAUAUAGAGUUUUCUACGCAGGCAGUGGGCGAAGCAGUAAUAUUAUCAGAGAGACCAGUAAUCUCAGUUACGUUUUCCUUUGUGUCAUCAGCUUUCUUACAUUGUAGUUUGAUUCGAGCACCAACGCCUAACUAUACGUGAGAGGGUUUUCCAGAUUGGAUUGUAAGUUGUAACAGUUGUUUGUUUAUAUACGUGGGAGCAGUGCGUCUUUUGUUCAUAGACAUGAAUGAAGGGAAAUCUUUACUGGCUGGUUUUUCCAUUUCUUGUGUUUGGCUUCACAUGUUGCUCCAUUAAUGAACAGGUAGAAAUAUGGAAUUGGGAUUUUGGGAGCAUGGUUCUUGGAGAAAAGUAAACGGAAAUGUGAUUGCUGCGGUUGUGUUUGAAUUGAACGGGGUGGUCCGUCUUCAUAAUGAAAA